AUGCCUAAUACCUGCACUGCUGACUUUUCUGCCACCAAAUUGUACCGAAAACAUCAAUCAAACGUGCCGACCCAUUUACUAUACUCCGCACCGCCCCAGUCGUACUCCUUGCAAGCUCAACACCAACCUCAAACUGAGAAGACUUCCUCCCACUUGCGAACCGUCCAUCAACCAUCUCCCGGUACAAUCCAGUCCUCUGGACAUGUGGUAUCUCCGUCUGACCCAGUGACUUCAGUCCCGGCCGCCGCCAACCAUCAAUCUGGAGGUUCCGAAACCGGUGGAGGAUCACCUGAUUUUGGUUCGGGUGUUGCAGGAAUUGUUGGAGCGCCUACCGGGCUUGGGACCGGUCUGGGAGCUGUGGAACUACUCUUUGGGAUGAAUAGAGCUUGA